AUGGCAUUCUCUCUCAUUAGACGCUUACGUGGGGGUAGUAAACGAAUAGAAAAUAUACCAAUCAAAGAUCGAAAUGGCAGUUUAAUUUUGAAUUCAUCGGAUCGACUUGAAAGAUGGCGAGAAUAUUUCAGUGAAUUACUCAAUGUACCAUCAACGGUUGAUCAACAAUUGAUUGAUGAAAUUCAAGUAAAGACAUUGACUAAGGAAGAGGUAGAGAGACAGAAUGCUAAUCCAACUGUAGAAGAAGUUAGAAGAGCAGUAAAGCAAAUGAAAUCAAGGAAAGCUCCUGGCAGUGACGAAGUUACAGCAGACUUGCUCAAAGCUGGCGGUGAGCCAGUUAUUCGCUGGCUGUUUGAGAUUUUCACUGAUGUGUGGAAGAAUGAGGAGAUGGUGGAAGACUGGAGCUUGGCUCUUCUUAUUCGACUGUAUAAGAAAGGUGAAAAACAACUGUGUGAUAAUUACAGAGGUAUUUCGUUGUUAAACGUAACAAGCAAAAUAUUUUCUCGUUUGAUUUUGAACCGUAUUCAAAAUAUGAUUGAUCAUCAACUAUUAGAAGCUCAAGCUGGAUUUAGAGCACAAAGAUCCACUAUGGAUCAGAUCUUCACAUUAAAAACUACUAUGGAGAAGAGAAGAGAGCUCAAUAAACCAUUGUUUAUGUGUUUUAUUGAUAUUACAAAAGCAUAUGAUUCUGUCAAUCGAGAAUUACUGUGGAAAGUCUGUUUAAAGUAUGGUAUGUCGGAGAAAAUUGUCAACCUUUUGAAAAUGCUGUAUAG